ACUGCUGUCAGCCGCUCUUCUGGGCUCUGAUUGGCUCUCUGCAGAAGGAAAAUGAUAUUAACCAAGAUGGCGGCGGGCGACGGAGAAAAGUACUGAAGCAACAGAACAACAAGCGGAGCAACUAUUAAACUGCCAAUGUGUCGUCUGCUGGUGACUCGUUUGUGUCCGACAGCUUCUGUAAAUAUCACAAAGCCAGUCAGGACCAACUGAGACGCAACGUCCGUCCGCUGAAGUCGUGAUAGAUGAGCAGCUCAACUGUUUGCUAACUAGCUGCAGCUAACCGAAGCUAAGUGCCGAGGGAGUGAGACAUUGUUAUUAAUUGUGCUGCAACUUGUUCCGUUAUCUCUUAAACCGGCUUAACGGAAUCUGCAGCACGAACCGAGUGACUGGAAGUUGAUAAGGAAGGCGUCGUCUUCUCCGACCUGACGACAUGGCGCACUCCCCGAUACAGGCUGCACUACCGGGGAUUCAGAAUUUCCGGGCCGAUCCGGAGGAAUUCUUUACCAAGCUGGAAAAGAUAGGCAAGGGCUCUUUUGGCGAAGUGUUCAAAGGCAUCGACAAUCGGACUCAAAAAGUUGUCGCCAUUAAAAUAAUCGAUCUGGAAGAAGCCGAGGACGAAAUCGAGGACAUUCAGCAGGAAAUCACGGUGCUCAGCCAGUGCGACAGCCCCUUCAUCACCAAGUACUUUGGCUCGUAUUUGAAGGGAACAAAAUUAUGGAUUAUAAUGGAAUAUUUGGGUGGAGGAUCAGCUCUGGAUUUGUUGGAACCCGGGGCUCUCGACGAAACGCAAAUCGCCACAAUUCUCAGAGAAAUCCUGAAAGGUCUGGAAUACCUUCAUUCUGAAAAGAAGAUCCACAGAGAUAUCAAAGCGGCCAAUGUGUUGCUUUCGGAACAAGGCGAGGUGAAGCUUGCAGAUUUUGGUGUGGCAGGUCAGCUGACUGACACGCAGAUAAAGAGAAACACGUUUGUUGGAACUCCCUUCUGGAUGGCACCCGAAGUUAUAAAGCAGUCGGCGUACGACUCGAAGGCAGACAUUUGGUCGCUAGGAAUAACGGCCAUCGAGCUUGCGAAAGGGGAGCCCCCGCACUCAGAGCUGCACCCCAUGAAAGCCCUCUUCCUCAUUCCAAAGAACAACCCUCCCACCCUGGAGGGGAGCUACAGCAAACCCCUGAAGGAGUUUGUUGAGGCGUGUUUGAAUAAAGAGCCCAGUUUCAGGCCAAGCGCCAAAGAGCUGCUGAAGCACAAGCUGAUCGUGCGGCACGCCAAGAAGACAUCCUACCUGACGGAGCUGGUCGACGGUUACAGGCGGUGGAAGUCGGAGCAGUCCAGAGAGGAGUCCAGCUCCGAGGACUCUGACGAGGAGGCUAAAGGUGAAGCGUCGGGGGGCGUUGACACCAGCAACGACGACUGGAUCUUCACCAUCAGGGAGAGAGACCUGAAAAAGAUUCAGAAUGGAGCCGCGCUGCCUGCUGAGCCUGAGAAAACAGAAGAGCAGGAGAGCUCCAGGAGGCCCUUGUCUCAGAGCUUGUCCACCAUCUUCUCCCCCUUGUUCGCAGAGCUGAAAGAGAAGGGUGAGGCCAGCAACGGCAAACCGGAGACAGCCAAGGAGCUUCACGACGCCAUUUUGGUGGCCGAGGAGACGCACCCAGGGGUCUGUGACUCUCUGGUGGCAGAACUGGUGCAGAGACUUCAGAGGUUCUCUCAGCCUCAGGUGGCCUCGUCUCACUGAGAAGACCCUCCGUCACCCGACCACCGGCGGGUCAGCGGUGGCGCCUGGAGCUUGACCCGCGGUGGAAGGCAAACGCUGUUGAUACGCUUGCACGCCACCAGGUGGCGCCGCUCCAGACUGUCCACUGUUACCAGUGUAGAUGAUGAGCUGCAGGGACUUUGCUGAAUCACAGAUGUUUACGCUUGGCUUUUUUUUAUUUCAGAGACGGUACUUGAGCCGUGUAUCUGUCGCUGGUUAGAUUCCCUGUGGAAGGUGGCCAGGCAUCCUACUGAAAACUCAGGUCUCCUGCUGCAGCCGGCCGGUGCUGAGCGGGGCUCUUGUACAGACGUGUAAAUAGCAGAUCUCUUAAAGACGGACCAUGGUCCAGGUAAAUCCUUCCACGGCCAUAAUCCAGAUUGCCUUGCCUUCGUACUUUUCUAUCUGGGCUGUAGUGCGCCAGGACGGCGCCCCCUGCCUGCCCUCUCCCUUUAACGUUUAGUUGCACAUCUGGAUCAUUCCCAGCGACUUGAAACACUGGCUGUUGAUUGUUGUUUUGGUACGUGAGUGUGAGAGCAAGAGAGUUUCUUCAUUCCGCCGACCGUUUGUCUUCCGGGGAGCCGCUGCUUGUCUCGUCGCAGCUCUUCUUGCACUUCAACUGAAAUGCCUUGGACUUUCGCAGCCAUAACUCAGUAGCUCGCCGCUGCGAACCUCGCAAACUGGGACCAGUCCGGCUCCUGACAUUUCAAGACGCUCGCUUGUCGAGCUCAUGGGGUCCGGGUGACGUCCACACACACACACGCCUGGUCGGGACCGGUUUAUGUGUAGGGCGCAUGACGGCGCUGAAAUGUUUGUAUGCGUUCUAGCAUACGGCCUUAGACUGAGAGCCACGGCUUCAACACGUGUCCCGACUUCAGCUCCCCGAGCGUUUGGACCAGACAUGACGGACGGCCCUGACAUUCCUCACCCGGCCGCAGGACUCUGGGGUGGCGCUCCCUUCACGCGUCCUGAUGUGCCACCUAAGCCCUCCGUCUUUACUCCCACCUGAUUUGCACCUUCCACGACCACCGUUCGAGCGUUGCACUUUGUUGAAGUCUGUUGGUCCAAAACCGAACAUGGUACUGAACUAGUCCAUGGUAGCCCUCUUCCCACCCCCGGACCUCCGCCCCCUCUGAGUGUCGUAUGGCAAUAACGCUGCACCAGGAGUAUUUUUGUAACCGGGCAGAGCAGUAUUACCUGUUGAAUGGCAAUCGCAUAAAGGAUAUUUUUGGGUGACAGACGAUGGUUCCGUAUGUUUGCUAACUUAGGUUUGAUUUAUUGUUGAAUAAGAAAUAAACAAUCUAGUAAAUA